AUGUCGUACUUUGAGAAAUUGAAACGUUUUCUUCAUAUUAAACCAAGUUAUGAUCCAUCGUUAAUUAUUCGAGAUGUUGCAUAUUUUUCUGGUUCUGAUGCACAUGUUAAUCAUAAAUUGGAUAUAUUUCUUCCAAGUUCUAAAGCUGAUGUAGAAACAAAUUCUUAUCAACAAGGAGAAACAGUGAGAAAAGCUCUUCCUGUUAUUGUUCAUAUUCAUGGAGGUGGAUGGGUACGUGGUAGUCGUAGAAGUGAAUCGCGUGGAGGUCCAGCAAUUAGUCGAACAUGUGCUGAAGAAGGUUUUGUUGGUGUUGUUGUAUCUUAUCGUUUAGCACGUAUAUCUGCUAUUUCAUUUUUUGCUUGGGCAUUUAUCUUUGGUCUUAUUAUUAUUAUUAUUGGGCUUGGUUUACUUUCAUGGGAACUUAUAGUGGGUUAUGUAACAUUUAUGGUAGGUGCAUAUGCAUACAAUUUUUUAUAUAGAGUACGAACUCCAGUUAAUAUUGAUCAUAUGUUGGAUGAUUUAUCGUAUGCACUUAUUUAUAUUCGUGAGCAUAUUAAUGAACAUUGUCCAGAUGCUGAUCCAAAUCAAAUAUUUCUUACAGGUCAUUCAGCUGGUGCACAUUUAAUUAGUUUACUUACUCUUGAUAAAUCUCAUCUUCUACGUCAUAAUUUUCCUUUAUCAUCAAUUUCUGGUGUUAUUUCUAUUAGUGGAAUAUAUAGUUUAGCAAAUCCAACACAUGAUUCACAUAAUAAUGUUCGAAGUUGGGUAUUUCGUAUACUUUAUUCAAGUAAUUUACUUUAUCCUCGAGGAAGAAAAAUGAACGAAUAUUCACCAAUUGAAUAUAUAAAAGAAGGUGAAGAGAUACCUCCAUUUCUUGUUUUAUCCGCAAAAUAUGAUAUGGGUUUAGAAGUUGAUGCAAAACGUUUUGUUGAAAAAUUUAGAAGUUGUCAUCAACCAGUUGAAUAUUUUACUGUUGAAGGUUCACAUGGAUCAAUAGCAACUAAGUUUGCGAAAAAUAAUGCACGUAAACAUUUCUUUGAAUUUGUUCGUCAACAUAUGAAAUAUUAG